UAUAUAAAUUGCCUCUUUGACAGCUCAAAUUAAAGUAGUUUCACUAAUACCUAAGUCUUAUCUAUGCCCCGCCAAAAGCUCCCAGCAAAUAUUUUGUUUAUAUUAUUUUUCUUAAAAUCAUUUCAAUACAAAAAAAAAAAAAAAGUCAUCCAUUCUUUCUUUCUUUCUUUCUCUUCAAGUUUUAGUCUUUUUGACCCCCAAAACUGAGUUGUUAAUUAGACUAGAAAAUAGAGAAGAAGAAAGAACAAAAAAACUGAGACUUUUCCAGAAAAAUUGCAGAUUGAGAAUUCCAAAUGGCUAAUCAGAAUUGUAGAACUACAACGACAACAUUAAGCAAAGGAACUACAUCAUCAUCAUCAAAAAAUUCUAAGUUCAUCAAAUGUGUGACAGUUGGUGAUGGUGCCGUUGGCAAGACUUGUCUUCUUAUCUCAUACACCAGCAACACUUUCCCAACUGAUUAUGUUCCAACUGUUUUUGACAAUUUCAGCGCCAAUAUCACAGUUGAUGGAAAGACAGUGAAUCUGGGUUUGUGGGAUACUGCUGGUCAAGAGGACUAUAACAGACUGAGGCCCCUUAGCUACAGAGGAGCUGAUGUUUUUCUUCUUGCUUUUUCCCUUAUAAGUAGGCCAAGUUAUGAGAACAUAUCAAAGAAAUGGAUCCCAGAGCUGAGACAUUAUGCACCAUCAGUGCCCAUUAUUCUAGUGGGGACCAAACUAGAUCUGAGGGAGGACGAACAAUUCCUAAGGGAUUAUCCUGGAGCACAUACCAUUUCUACACAGCAGGGUGAAGAUCUAAAGAAGCAAAUUGGAGCUACGGCCUACUUAGAGUGCAGCUCAAAGACACAAGAGAAUGUGAAGGGGGUAUUUGAUGCUGCAAUCAAAUUGGCUAUGCACCCUCCAAAGUCCAAGAAGCAUAAAUCAAAUCGGAAGGGCUGUAGUGUUUUUUGAAUAUAUAAAUAUAUAUAUAUAUAUUUAUAUAUUACUCUCAAUUCAAAUGUACUUCUAUUCAUUCUUUUCUUUUUUGUGAGCUCUCUCUCUCUCUCUCGCUAAUUAAUGUGUUUUUUACAGAAAAUUUUAUGUGUUCAUAUCUGUUUUGAUUCUUUCUCUUUGAGUAUGUAUUGUAUAGUAUAUAUAUGUACGUGUUCUCAGUUUAUUAGAACUCAAAUAAUCUUAUGUUUAUUUUAGAUUUGGUUGGUUAAAACUCCAAAUUGUACUAUCAAUGAAAAAUUAUAUU